AGCUUUUGGGCACCCAUUUCCUCUGGGGGAAACGAACAAUGGCGAGAGCGACACCAGCUGGCGCCACCGGUGGAGAGGUUGCUGUCCAGAUUUGUGCUGAGGCGGCUGCUGCGGACGCCGCAGCAGGUGGCGGCAGCGAGUCGCAGCGGAGGGAGCGGAGGCUGAACUGCUUCGUGUGGGUGGUUGCCCUCGGCGAGUGGGCGGGGAACGCUUUCGGCGCGCUGGCUUUCGUAUGGGCGACCGCGGUCUUGCUCGGCGGCUUCUGCUCUAAUCUCAAGCCACAGGAUUUCCGGUUUGCCACCGUGAUUAUCUUCAUAGAAGCCUUCAGGAUUUUUAGCCGCAACUACAAAUUGGACAACCAGUCCUUGUUCGGGACCACGAGGGCACUCAGGUGGAUUAAUGUGUCCUUCGCUCACAUGUUGGGGCGGCCGCAGGAAGGGAAUGAAGUGGUGCUGACCAUGGGUUUGUGGAUAGACCUCAUUAACUGGUUGCCGGUGGAUGGAUUGAUUUUCCUGGUCAUUCUCCAGGAAGCGUUAAUGAUUGUUAUGAGCAAGAUGCAGAUACAUGGUUAUCCUCAGCUGACGAAUCGGUCCCGGCGGCGCAGACGAUUGUUGCUGGGGGCUGUCCUGGUCGCCUUCCUAAUCAUUUAUGGUCUUGACUCAAGCAAAUAUCGGGGAUAUCUCGAAUCCCCGUCAGAAGAUCUCAAAUCCCCGUCAGAAGAUCUCAAAUCCCCGUCAGAAGAUGAUGAUGAUGAUCAUCACUUCUAUAGCAUGCCAGCAAAGUUUUCCUCCUCGUCAACAGAGAUACUGACACAGGUGGUGGCAGCGUUGCUGCUCAUUUUCAGACCCCCAGUAGUUGCCAACUUAACAAAUACUACUUACGGCCGCCGCCUAUUGUCUCUGGCCAAAGUGAUCUCAGUCGUAAGCCUGGGUUUUGGCUUUGUGGUGGCCUUGUUCGUGAGGCAACCUGAACUUCCCACUAACUUCCUCAGCAGCAUAAUCACAGCAUUCACAGUAGCGGUUCUGUCGCUAGGCAGCCUGCAGACUCCGGCAGCGAACAACACUCUGCUUGGUGCCCGCUGGAUCGAUGUCAUGAUGAACAUAUUGUUCCUUUGGUAUUUGCUGCUACCUAACCCGAUCUGGAUUUUCCAUGAUUUUUAUGGGGGGUCCCGCCGAAUCACAAUUAUCGCCGCCGGCCUAUCAUUAUUCGUUCUCUGGGUAGCAGUGCUGCUGAUGGAGAACUUGCAGAUCCCGGCGGCCGCCCUUCAGGUCUUGCUCUCAUCUUCAAGGUUCCAUGGCCUGCAGACUGACUACGGCCAGCCGCCGCAGGACAGUUCUACUAGCCCAAACCUGGUGCCGGCAAUCAGAGUCUUCUACGUGCUGGCGCUGUGCGAAGGGUCACUCUACAUCACCGCAAGCAUUCUCGGGCUCUUCUCCUUCUUCCCACGCAGAUCGCUUGUCCGUCACUUAAAACUCAGCGGUCAACAAGGAGCAAAAGCCAUCGAUCUGUACUACGAGUGUGCCUACUCAACAUGCAUGGACACCGGCCUGUUUGCCGCAAAGAAGACGCUGAGCCUCGCCGGCUUCGCCACGGAGUCCCUUAGCUCCGGUUCCAGUGAGGUGAGGCUAGCUGGUGCUCUUGUCCUUAGCAACCUCCUGCAUGAAAGGGAAACAGAUUAUUCCAGCCAAGAGCUGAGGUCAAGAAUCAUCAGCUCCAACAAAACCGUGUCCAUGUUGGUUGGCAUGCUCGGAUGGGCAGAUGGACGAAACAGAGAUAUCAGGCUGCUCGCCACUAGGAUCAUCACCAAUCUGGCUGACAGUCUCACAAUUUCUGAGGUCCCGGGCAUGCUGAAGUUGGUGUCCUCGCUCCUUGAUGCCGAUUAUCAACCAGCAAAGAAUGAACCAGAAGAAAGACAAGAUUCCUUGCUCGAGUCCGCCACAAGCGUCGUCAAUGGGCAGAGGGAUCAAGCAAGUUCAGUGCAGACAGUCCCUGGAAAUAAUGGAGGGUGCCAUUGGUUACGGCGGUGUUGGCGGCGGACGAAAGAGAAGUGGUCAGUUGUUCUGGAGGAGCAGCCCUUGACCCAUCAGGAUUCACUCAACAUCCUGGGCAUGGUAAUCCUCGAGAGGCUUGCUCAUGACCCUGACAACUGUGCAGAAAUUGCCAAAGCCACGUACCUCAUUUCCAAGAUUAUAAGGCUCAUAAGCUACCCCACCGUCGACAGAGAAAGCAGCAACGACCACGUGCAGCAGCAUGCGGUGAUAUUUUCAUCUCUGAAUUUUGUGAGGCGGCUUGCAAUCACCGGGGAGACCACUGGGGAAGCAAUCCGGCAAGAGCUGUGCAGGAACUCCUUCUUGCUUAACAACCUCGAAUGCGUCUUGGAGUUGGAGGACGGGCGCAUGAGCACUGAACUAAUGAAACUGGUGAUUGAGAUCCUAACCAAGCUGGCCUUCGACAAGGACGCAAGGGAAGAGAUUGGGAGCUCCAAGGUGACUAUUUCCAAACUCAUGCAUGCUUUUAUCGGGAAAGAUGGACCAACCGACGCGUACUAUGAUCAGUCCCUGCGAAUGCCCGCAGGGGAAGCACUGGCAAACCUUACAAUAGAGAACCCUGCAAAUUGCCUGGCCAUCUUGGAGGAACCAGGAUACGAACUUAUCAAGGAUCUCAAGGACAUGCUCUGUAAAGAUGAGUAUAGAUAUGUAGCUGCAAGCCUACUGCAGAAUGUUUGUGCGCAUUCCAGAGAUAAACUUGGCCACUAUCAAGGUGCAGGUGACCACCUGUCGUCUUCCUUACCAAUGCUGAUGGAGAAUAUAAUGUCAUCCGCGGGGGGCAAACAACUGGAGCCCCUGAUCGGCCUCGUGUCACAAAUUUGUGAUGUGAUCCCGGAACCAUUUGCCCGUGAGGUGCAGCGUCAGCUACAAACCAACGGAUCAUCAGGUCUUGUUCAGAAGCUGGUGGGUACACUCAACUCCAACAGGAAGCCAAAUCCUGAAUACCCAAGGAUGAGAAGGGUUAUAGUUGAGAUGGUGAUAUCGAUUGUGAAAUCUUGUCCUCGCUACGCCACUAUAUUCAGAGACAAGGGAAUGAUGGAGGCACUGAGCAAGGUAGAAAGGACCCCAUCCAAAGUGGAGAAGUACAGGGUCUUCUACGGCAACGUAGGCGUCGUUCCGGAGAGUGGCUCCCCCCUCGCUGCUCUAGUGGCCACGGCAAAAGGGUUGUUGGUUCAUCCUGCAGCUCCAGCUUUGGGCGCCUAGCUAAGUCAUGCGUUGGUUCAUUCUGUAUAUGCAUGUGAACGCAUUUAUACUGUGGCUGGGCCAUACAACAGACCAUGCCUUUUUCUUCU